GUGGCUUAUAGUAAUUAGUCUUUAUUUUCUUUUUUUGUCCUGAUAUUGUUAAAGGUAGAAUAAGGACAUUUGGAAUGUUAAGUGAAAAGUAUAUAUUAUGAAGGCUUACACUGAGGACCAAUAAAAGAAUCCCAUGCCUUAAGAAAACAUAUUUUUUUCUUUAUAUUCUGCUUCCUGAGAAAAAUCCCGAACAAUGAGGUUGAUACAGCUUUUCAGUUUUCUACUAUAUGGAUUCCUCCUAAAUGCACAUACUACUACAGAUAAUGUUCGACGUGAGGAAGUUACAAGUACUUGUGCUGUUAUAUCCUGCAGUACACAUAGCUCCAGUGGAUUGCCUGGAAGGGAUGGAAGAGAUGGCAAAGAAGGAGCAAAAGGAGAAAAGGGAGAACGAGGUCCACAGGGAUCUCGAGGAAUUCAGGGACCGCCUGGAAAACUUGGUCCUCCUGGAGUAACGGGAGAGAGAGGCUCUGUUGGGCAAAAAGGAGAACAGGGUGUCAGCGCUACUUCAGAGGUUGAAGUUGUUAAGGAACAAUUAACUGCCUUUCAACAAGAACUAGAGAAAUUUCAAGCAAGCCUUGCAAAAUAUAAAAAAAUUCUCCUUUUCCAUGGUGGUAAACAGUCUGGUGACAAAGUAUUUGUAACCAAUGGCUUAGAAGAAAAUUUUGAAAAUGCUCAGAAGACGUGCAGAGAAGCUGGUGGUGUCCUAGCAACCCCAAGAAGUGCAGUAGAAAAUAGUGCAACACAAGAGAUACUCCACACCAAGGGGGAGUCAGCCAAGGCUUUCCUGGGUAUAUCAGAUUUGCAAGUAGAAGGUAUAUUUAGAUACUUAUCAGGUGAAAAGAUCAUAUUUACUAACUGGAACCUAGGAGAGCCAAAUAAUAGCAAGGACAAUGAGGACUGUGUGGAGGUUCAAGACAAUGGGAAAUGGAAUGACAUUCCUUGCAGUUUGCUUCGACUAGUUAUAUGUGAAUUCCAAUAACGUUAUUCAAACAGGACAAUGUGUAGCAUGAAAAAUGAAUUGUCAAAUUAAGGUCUUAUGCACACUGUCAGGGAGCUCUACAAGCUCCUUUGGAUUCCAUAUGUACAAAAAUAUUUGUAGAAGCAAUACAUAUAGGGACAGAUUUAUUAAGACUGGUGUUUCCUGUGCCAGCCUUAAGAAAAGACAGCUGGAAUAAGAUGCACAAGCCUCUUAAUAAAUUUAGUUCAUCUUCUGCCAUUCUGUGCAUGAGAAAUUCAUAUCUACUCCAGAUAUGAGCUAUCAAUGAAAAAUCUUCUCCAUAGAGUACGAUUGAGCAUGGAAUAUUUCUUUGUCAGAUUUGCACAGAAUGUAGCAGAAAAAAGGGUUCCUGCACACUACAAUAUAAGUCCACAUUCUUAUGCAUAUACUGUAAUGCUCCACAACAAAAAUGUCACCUGUGUCCAUGCCUAAAUUGAUGAUUAAAGAGGACCUUUCCGCUC